AUGAUGAUGAUGAGUGAAGGUCACUUUCGAUGUGAGAAUGUAAAGGAUUGUGAUCCUCGUGGUUGCAGAGGAACCUCACAUGUGAUAUGUAAAGACCACAAAUGUACAUGUGGUCAUGGUGCUCCUAUUGGUGGUGAAUGUUUUAGACUCAUUGAUUGUAAUCUUUCUGCUUGUCCACCAAAUACUCAUGUUCUGUGCAAAACUAACGUAUGCACUUGUGUCCCCAAUUGA